GCGAGUGCACGCUCGGUACGACAGGCAGGCGGAUUGUAGACGAGAAGAAAAAGGAGAGAGAGGAGAAGCUGUGAGAGGAGGAGGACGACGUGACCGGAGGACUCCAACCAGAAGGACUAAACACAGAGACACAGAGAGAGAGGAGAGAAACUGGAUCAUAUCUACAGCAGAUUUGGAGGUUUGUGCAGCUGGAUACUCGGUGCGCACGACAGCGUCUCUCUGCAGUAAAACCAGCCGGAGUGUGUUGGACACAGGAGGCUUGUCUGCUCUUCCUCGUCUGAAAAAGAGGGUUUGUAAGCGGGGACGUUUACGGAGCAGCGGACUGAAGGCACAGUGGAGGAGUUGGGAUGUCCUGAGUCAGUCCUCCGGGCCCAGAGAGCGGUGUGCUGAUGGGACCUGCUGCGCCACCAUGAGCUUACAAGAUGGCGGCUGCAGCUACGCCAGCAGCGCCAACAUGGCCACCGCUAGCGGCAGCAUGCGGCGGCGCCUGGAGGACCAGGAGUUCACCCUGCGCGUCUACCCGGGCGCCCUGGCUGAGGGCACCAUCUACUGCCCCGUCAGCGCCCGCAAGAACACCACAGCCGCUGAAGCCAUCGAGUGCCUCAUCGAACGGCUGCGCCUGGAUCGCACCAAAUGCUACGUGUUGGCCGAGGUGAAGGAGUUCGGCGGGGAGGAAUGGAUUCUGAACCCCGGCGACUGCCCUGUUCAGCGGAUGAUGCUGUGGCCGCGGAGCGCCCUGGAGAACCGCAGCGGCUUGUGCAGUGGCGACGACUACCGCUUCCUCCUGCGGGAGAAGAACCUGGAUGGAUCUAUUCAUUAUGGCGGCAGCCUGCAGAUGUGGCUGCGGGUGACUGAGGAGCGUCGCCGCCUGGUGGAACGGGGUUUCCUCCCCCAGCCUGCAGGGAGCGACCCUCCGUCCGACCUCUGCGCUCUCCCGGAGCUAACAGAGCGCGCCAUUUUGGAAAGCCUUCGUGCACGUUUCCGCCAGGAGAAGAUCUACACGUACAUUGGGAGUAUUCUUAUUGUGAUUAACCCCUUUCAGUUCCUGCCCAUCUACAAUCCUAAAUAUGUCAAGUUGUACGACAACCACAGACUGGGGAAGCUGGAGCCCCACAUUUAUGCUGUGGCGGAUGUGGCGUAUCAUGCCAUGCUACAGCGACGGAAGAACCAGUGCAUAGUAAUUUCUGGUGAGAGCGGAUCUGGGAAGACCCAGAGCACCAACUUCCUCAUUCAUCACCUGACUGCACUCAGCCAGAAGGGAUUCGCCAGCGGCGUAGAGCAGAUCAUCCUGGGAGCAGGGCCAGUGUUGGAGGCCUUUGGGAACGCUAAGACGGCCCACAACAACAACUCCAGCCGCUUCGGCAAGUUCAUCCAGGUCAACUACCAGGAGAGUGGCACUGUCAGAGGAGCCUAUGUGGAGAAGUACCUGCUGGAGAAAUCUCGUCUGGUGUACCAGGAGCACAAUGAGAGGAACUACCAUGUUUUCUACUACCUGUUGGCCGGAGCCAGUGAAGACGAGAGGAAGUCCUUCCACCUGCUCAAACCUGAGGAAUACCACUACCUCAACCAGAUGACAAAGAAAUCACACAAACUCCACUGGGACAAUUACUAUGAGAGCGAUCUGCAGGACUGCUUCACAGUGGAAGGAGAGGAUCUGAAACAUGACUUUGAGCGGCUGCAGCUGGCGAUGGAGAUGGUCGGCUUCUUACCCACCACACGCAAAAUGAUCUUCUCCCUGCUGUCAGCAAUCCUCCACCUGGGAAACAUCCGCUACAAGAAGAAGACCUACAGGGACGAUUCCAUCGACAUCUGCAACCCAGAGGUCCUGCCCAUCGUCUCCGAGCUGCUAGAGGUCAAAGAGGAGAUGCUGCUGGAAGCGCUGACGACGAGGAAGACGGUGACCGUCGGAGAGAGGCUCAUCGUACCCUACAAACUUGCUGAGGCGGGCACGGUGAGGGACUCCAUGGCGAAGUCACUGUACAGCGCGCUGUUUGACUGGAUUGUGUUCAGGACCAACCAUGCCCUGCUGAACAACAAGGACCUGGAGGAUAACUCAAAGCUGCUGUCGAUAGGCGUCCUGGACAUCUUUGGUUUUGAGGAUUACGAGAACAACAGCUUUGAACAGUUCUGCAUCAACUUCGCCAACGAACGACUGCAGCACUACUUCAACCAGCACAUCUUCAAAUUAGAGCAGGAGGAGUACCGGGCGGAGGGCAUCACCUGGCACAACAUCGAGUACAUCGACAACAGCGGCUGCCUCAACCUCAUCAGCAAGAAACCCACAGCGCUGUUCCACCUGCUGGACGAGGAGUGCAAUUUCCCCCAGGCUUCCAAUCAGACCUUGCUGGACAAGUUCAAGCGUCAGCAUGAAGGAAACAGCUACAUCGAGUUCCCCGCUGUCAUGGAGCCCGCCUUCAUCAUCAGACACUACGCUGGUAAAGUCAAGUACGGAGUCAAGGACUUCAGGGAGAAGAACACUGACCACAUGCGUCCCGACAUUGUGGCCUUGCUCAAGAGCAGCAAGAAGGCCUUCAUCUGCAGCCUGAUGGGAAUCGACCCCGUGGCGACCUUCCGCUGGGCCGUGCUGCGAUCCUACUUCAGAGCCCUGGUGGCUUUUAGGGAGGCCGGCCGCAGACACACCCACAAAAAAACUGGGAACGAUGCAGCGGUUCCCUGUGCUGUCGUCAAAACUGUCGACAGCUUCAGUUUCCUUCAUCACCCGGUUCACCAGAGGAGCCUCGAGAUCCUUCAAAGAUGCAAAGACGAGAAAUACAGUAUCACCAGGAAGAAUCCUCGAACACCUCUGUCAGAUCUUCAAGGCACCAACGCCCUGAAUGAGAAGGCCAGCUGGGAUGGCUAUGGCGUCAGCUGCAACGGUCGCAGCUCCAGGUCUGGUCGUGUGUCCUCGACAGGAAGUCCCGCCCUUGAAGAAGACGGGAUCUUCCUCAACUCGACCAGCAGUAAACUCCUGGAGAGAGCUCAGGGCAUCCUACUGAGAAACAAAAACAUCAAAAGCAAGCCGAGCCUUCCCAAGCACUUGUUGGACGUGAAGUCUCUGCGUUACCUGAGCAGCGUGACGCUCCACGACCGCAUCACCAAGUCUCUGCUCCACCUGCACAAGAAGAAGAAACCGCCCAGCAUCAGUGCUCAGUUCCAGGCGUCCCUCAAUAAGCUGAUGGAGACUCUCGAUCAGUCAGAGCCGUACUUCGUCAAAUGUAUUCGCUCCAACGCUGAGAAGCUGCCGCUGCGUUUCAAUGACAGCCUGGUGCUCAGACAGCUCAGAUACACCGGCAUGCUGGAAACCGUCCGGAUCCGACAAUCAGGAUACAGCAUCAAGUACACCUUCCAGGACUUUGUGCGUCACUUUCACGUGCUGCUGCCUCGAGGCACGAGCCCGACCAAGUCAGGCAUCAGGGAGUUCUUCAGACGGAUCCACCUCCCACCUGCUGGCUAUCAAGUGGGCAACACGAUGGUGUUCCUGCGGGAGGCAGAGCGCCAGCGUCUUCAGACCCAGCUCCACCAGGAAGUCCUGCGGCGAAUCGUCACGCUGCAGCGCCGCUUCAGGGCCGUCCUGGAGAGGAAGCACUUUGUUGACAUGAGGACAGCUGCCUUUGUCAUCCAGCGAUGGUGGCGAAGCUGCCUUCUCAAACAGUCCGCCAUGGACGCCGGCGAGGAGGAAGAGGCGGCGGUGUGUCUGCAGGCGGCCUGGAGGAGCUACAGGGAGCGCAGGAGGUUCCUGCAGUGGCGAGACUCCGCCAUCGUCCUGCAGAGGAGCUGGAGAACUUGCUGCCAUCGCAGAUCUCAGGCGGCUGUAACGGUUCAGACAACCUGGAGAGCAUUCAGGGAGAGGAGCCGCUACUGUCGGACGUACAGGACUGUGAUGCAGCUGCAGGCGAUGGGCAGGGGACACCUGGCUCGACUCAGGUUCAGGGAAGUGAAGGAGCAGCAUGAGAGACAAGCAGCAGAGAUGGAAGCAGGAACCAUGGAGGACCUCACCUCCUCAGGACAGGACGCUUACGUCCAGGAUAUCUCUGAUGAACUGUCUGAAGACUCUAAACCUGCUCUGUUAGACGCGGGAGAGACAGAAAAAGAAGAGGACUCGGAGCGAAGUAGGAGCACAGAUGAGACGAGCCACAAGAGCCGGUCGAAACGAGAGAGCAGGCGGAUGAGGGAGCUGGAGCAGGCUCAGUUCAGCUUAGAGCUCCUCAAGGUCCGAACCACCAGCGUGCAAGAAGACUCGGUCAGUACCUGCCAGCUGGAAGACCCUCACAGACUUUCACCCCGGGGAUCUCCAGCUAGUCAUGGCAGUUUUGAGCUGCUCAGUGUGGAAGACAUGGAGACUGAAGGUUCCCAGUCGACUGCACCGCAAGAACUCCCCCAAGCACUGGAUAUCCAACAACACGAGGGGCUGAGAGAUGCAAAUUUUAAUGAAAAGCCUGUAAUGGAGCCGCCGAUUAAGGCGGAGGGUCCGAGGGCAACGUUUUAUAUUGCUUCGGACCAAAGUCCAGUUCGUGAGCCAACUUUCGAAAGCCCCAGCAAAUCUUCCAGAGAGAGACGAGAGUCCACGUCUCGGAGGCCUGUAGUGGUGUUGAUCAGUAUGCAGAAGGAGAGUCCAGUGGAGGAGGGGGAGCUGCUGGCAGCCCAAACCCUAGAAGGAGCUUCUGAAACAGGAGCAGCAGCAUCCGGUGCAGGAUCAGAGGUGGUAUCAGAGAUGGAGCAGCCUCAUGAGAUUGCUACCCAGACCGAGAGGGAUGUAUUCACAGUAGAUAAGUCUUCCGAGGCCCCGUCUUCAACCGAGAGUCCAGAAUCAGGGAUUUGCGCCUCAGAGGUGGACAUCCAGAUCGUCCUGGAGCCAAAGCCCAGCGUUCCCGCUGUCCUCCCCAGUCAGCCGGAGAGGAAGGCGAUCCGGCCCGCGCAGGAGGCUCCCAGCCCGGUCCUGGACACCAAACCACCAAAGGCUCAGAAGAAGAGCUCAGCCCAGACUGUGAUCGUGAACAUGGUGGAGAAACCCCCUAACACGGUGUUCUCCCCGCCCAGACGCAAGCUGCCCUUCUCCAAGUCGGAUAAGGAUUUGGUGAACCAGGAAAGAUCUCUGGCCAUGUUCGACUCUAAAUCUGCUGGAUCCAGAAACAGAGAGCAGGUGGGCCGCCCCGUCCCCAAAAAGAAAGCGCGAAUGUCCCGGACGCGCUCCGACUUCCUCACCCGCUGUAACUCCGAGGGGGCGACCCAGUCGGACGACGACGAUGAAUACUACAUCCCCGCCCACUCCCACACGCUGCCCCCCUCCCUGUCUCCACCACACGCCGACCCCGAGGCCGACUGUCAAAGUGACUCCGAGAUGCCAUCACACAAAGACCAGAAGAAGAUCCAUAAGACCAUGUCGUCAGGAGACCUGGGCAAGGUGGAGGUCCUCAGGAAAACCUCCAGUCAGGAUGGAAGCAGGAUGAGAGGAAGGAUGCGAUUCUGGAGUAAGACAAAACACGGCGAGAAAAAACUGUCGAGAGAGAAGCAGGCCAGCAGGAGCGAUGCAGGAGAGACGCAUGAAGGCCCUCCUUCUUCUUCUCCUCCUCGCACUCCAGAUUUGGAGGCCGCUGCCUCUCAGGGGGUCAGGGACAGUAAGGAGAUCAAGGAGCUGUCUCCUAAGAUGAGGAGACGUCGCAGCGUCAAGAUCAGCAGCAUCGCUCUGGAACCCGCCCAGUGGCAGAACGACGCACUGCACAUCCUCAGCUCAGCCCACGACUACCGCAGCAUGAACGACUUCCUCAUGAAGAAGAUCGCCGACCUGGAGUCUGAAGACGGUAAGAAGGACACCAUGGUGGACGUCGUCUUCAAGAAAGCGCUGAGGGAGUUCAGGAUCAACAUCUUCAACUCCUACUCCACCGCCCUGGCGAUGGAUGAUGGGAAGAGUAUCCGUUACAAGGAUCUCUACGCCCUGUUCGAGCACAUCCUGGAGAAGACCAUGCGUCUGGAGCAGAGAGACUGGUGCGAAUCGCCGGUGAAGGUUUGGGUCAACACCUUCAAGGUCUUCCUGGACGAGUUCAUGACCGAGUACAAGCCCAUGGAGGGAACUAUCGGCAGGGCUCCUAAACGUGAACGCAAGAAGUCGAGGAAGAAGGAAACUGACAUUGUGGAGGAACACAACGGCCACAUCUUCAAGUCAACACAGUACAGCAUCCCCACCUACUGCGAGUACUGCUCCUCCCUCAUCUGGAUGAUGGACCGAGCCUGCGUCUGCAAACUGUGUCGCUACGCCUGCCACAGGAAGUGCUGCUCCAAGAUGACCACCAAGUGCAGUAAAAAGUACGAUCCGGAGCUGUCGUCGCGGCAGUAUGGCGUGGAGUUGUCCCGUCUGACCAGCGAGGAGCGAGCGGUUCCCCAGCUGGUGGAGAAACUCAUCAACUACAUCGAGAUGCACGGCCUCUACACGGAGGGCAUCUACAGGAAGUCAGGCUCCACCAAUAAGAUCAAAGAGCUGCGUCUGGGCCUGGACACAGAUGUGAGCAUCGUGAACCUGGACGACUACAACAUCCACGUCAUCGCCAGCGUUCUCAAGCAGUGGCUCCGUGACCUGCCCAGCCCGCUCAUGACCUUUGAACUGUACGAGGAGUUCCUCAGGGCCAUGGGUCAGCCAGACAAGCGGGAGGUGAUCCGAGGGGUGUAUUCGGUGAUCGACCAGCUCAGCAGGACACACCUAAGCACGCUGGAGCGCCUCAUCUUCCAUCUGGUCAGGAUCGCCCUGCAGGAGGAGACUAACAGGAUGUCGGCCAACGCCCUCGCCAUCGUGUUCGCUCCCUGCAUCCUUCGCUGUCCAGACACCAUUGACCCGCUGCAGAGCGUCCAGGACAUCAGCAAGACCACAGCGUGUGUGGAGCUGCUCAUCAACGAGCAGAUGAGGAAGUACAAAGCUCGUCUGAAGGACAUCAGCAGUCUGGAGUUUGCAGAAAGCAAAGCCAAGAGCAGACUGACCCACAUCAGGAAGUCCAUGAAACCCGUACUAAUUGCUGUUAGGUUUAUGAGCAUAACCCGCACUGCCACUCCGAGCAAAGGCCGCGUUCGGCAAAGCAGCACCCACACGCCGUCGCCUCCUCUCAGCCCCAAAGUGCCCCCGGUUGUGGUGGAGGUGGUGGAUGGAGAGAGUGCAGGAGAAGGAGGAGGAGAUGGAGGAGGAGAGGGAGGUGGAGGAAGUGGAGGAGGAGGAGUAGGAGGAGGAGGGGGGGAGGAGGCAGCAGAAGCAGGGCCAAACGAGCAGCAGCAGCUGGCGAUGCAGCAGGAAGAGCGAAUCCUCACCGAGCAGAUCGAGAGUCUGCAGAAAGAAAAGGAGGAGCUGACGUAUGAGAUGUUGAUCUUGGAGCCGCGGACGUCCGACGAUGAGACUCCUGAAUCUGAAGCAUCCAUCGGCACAGCGGACAGCUCUGAGAACAUCACCAUGGAGACGGAGGGAGCCACCUUUGACCCCUCUGAGCGCGGCGCUUAUCACUCCAGAAAGUCGGAGGCAAAAGGCAGGCGAGGUUUGCGCCGUCAGCCCGACUCCCAGGACUCCGCGGACUCCAUCUCCACCAUUUCCUCCUCCUACCACCCCUCCUCCUCUCUCUCCUCCAACGCCUCCGGCUCUCCCUCCCCUCACUACCGCUUCCGCUCCUCCUCCUCCGGGCCUCUGCUCACCUCCUGCGGUCUGGGAGCCCCGUUGGCCGAGGCCGAGGGGAGCCACGGAGGAGCCGGCAAGACGCGCCACAGGCUCAGGCUCAGCCGCAGCUCACCACGCGAGCCCUCGGGAAGCCACCGGAGGGAGUCGGACUUCAGCUCGGGCCCGCAGCAGCUGGUUCUGUACGGCAGCAACGAGUUCAUGGUGUGAAGCCGAGGAGAGAGCCGGCGGCCGCCGCCUGUUGGAGCGCAGGGAGGGUGUACGAGAAGAGGAGGAGGGAGAGUCCGGGGGUUGAACGAGGCUGGUCACGGGGGCCCAGUGUCGCCUGCUGCCCCUCCUCAGUGCCCACCCGCCUCCUCCGCUGGUCCAGUCAGAGGAGAGAGCUGUGGGAAUAAAAGAAGACUAUGACACAGAGUGACGAAAUGACAGCUGGGACAGAGGGAAGUGAUGUGUCAGCCACGUUUGUUGACCCUCUGACCUCAGCGCUGUUUGACCCCUGCUGGAGCCCCGGGGGUCGGUCAGAGGAGAGAGAGAGAGAGAGAAGAAGGGAGGGACGGUUGGUGGAGACACAGAGGAAAACCCACACCUGCAAAGCCAAAUCUUAUAGUGCCCCAUCUUUAUUUGUUAGCAUGUGGGCAGGUGGAUAAAGCCACCCAGAAGAAAUGUAGCCAUACUGACUGAACUGGCGGACAGUUUGUCUGUAACCAGAGCCAAGCUAAGUCUGCUUUUCACGUUUACACAGGACACACCAGCCAAGAGGCUGCAUGCUUCUCCAUCACACGUUUUCCUACGUCAGUUUGAAGAGGCUGUACAGAAAUAUGUCACAUUAUUAUUAUUAUUAUUAUUAUUAUUAUUAUUAUUAUUAUUAUUAUUAUUAUGUUACAGAGGAAACAAAUGUACAUAGAAAGAAACUCCAGUGCUGCUCCGGGGUCGUUCAUUGUUGAUUAGUCUCUAUUUCCUGUCUGCAAAGUGAAGUGUCCAGAAUUCAGGUUCCACUUUUGUUUCUGUGCUGGUUUUCGCUCCGUUUACCGUCAUUCGUUUUGUUUUCUCCUUUCCUAUUUCACAAUGAACAGAGCCGGCUUCGGGUGUCCUCGGGUCAUACUCUUGAGAAAUAAUAAUAAUAAUAGAAGGAAAAGCUGUCGAUGUGCGCUCACAGUGCUACGCGUCUGGUGUCACGUUUACUUUACCUUGAGGUGUCAAAUGUCAAUCAGCCAUAAGUGUAUUGUCUUUCCCUGCAAGCUUUCUGUUUUUAUCCAGAAUCAUCAGUGUUACCACGUCAGGACUUGAAUUUUUUUUACAUAUAUAUAUAUAUAUAUACAUAUAUAUAUAUAUAUAAAUAUAUAUAUAAAUAUUAUUGCUGUAUUAUAGGUGUUGUUAUUGAUAUCAAAGAUGUUUUUGUUGUCAAUAUUGUUUCAUUUUUGUUCAGAUGAAAGCCAUUUUUUCUUUCCUGACUGUGUGUGUGUGUGUGUGUUUGUGUGUGUGUGCAUGUUGAAUGAAUGAUUUCUGCCAUUGUAUCAGCUCACACUUUGUGCAUGUGUAGUCUUCUCUACACACACACAUACACUCAUGUUUCCCCCCUAAAAAUAUUGUUCUUGUAAAGGUGAAAAAAAAGUUUGUGCGACCAUCAAGUGACACUAACAUCUGAUUCGACUGUUAUCAGGCCAUUCAAUAAGCGUUAUCAGUCACUAUAAGCACCAUAGAUGUGGGUCAGUAGGGGCCUACUACACCUACUACGUUGUAAAAGUGAAAAUUAAACUUCGAUCAAU